AUGUUUAGCGCUCACUAUAACCACUCCCUGGCUGCUAUGAGCGGCAACGACAUGGCCCACUCACUGACACUGGAGCAGAAGACCGCCUUUGCCUUCGUGGGGAUGCUGCUGGUCUUCCUGGGGCUCCUCAUCAUCAGGUGUUUCCGGAUCCUACUGGACCCUUACAGCAGCAUGCCCUCGUCCAACUGGUCCGACGGCAUAGAGGGACUGGAGAAGGGAACGUUUGAAUACGCGCUCACCUAA